AUGUUGCCAAGCCUGAUCCAGACCAAGGUGGCUCUCGGCAUCUACUGCUCCUGCAUCCAUGAACGCACACAAGGGCACCCAGAUGCAUACACCCAGGAACCCCUUUUCUGUUUCAGAAUCUCCUCCCACAUCUCUGAAUCCACGAAGAACCAGUCUUACAUAAAUGUGCCUCAGGAUUCUGUCCCCAGGGACAGAUGGAUGCACCCCACCACCAUCCUGCUCUGCAAGUCACAGAGCAACCAGGCUGCCCUGGUGCCCAAGGAACACAAGACAUUCAUGGAGGAAGCCUACAACGCAGCCAUCUGCUUCAAGACGCUCCAGGACCUGAAUAGUUCAGACCCCCUCCACCUGAAGUACGUCAUCGAGAAAAUCAAGAACGUGGCUCACGGGGACCCCAACCUGGUGCUGGAAAAUCAUGACUACUUUGUAGACAACCUGGAGCUGGAGGAGGGCUACCGGGACGCGGCCAGCAACGUGCUGGUGGCCACCUGCAGGCACUGCUGGUGGCUGGUGGCCCGGCACCUGGAGACCGAGGUCCUGUCGGGCGUCUUCCCUCACAGCAGCCUCCUCUACGUGAUGGGCGUCCUGACCUCUAACGAGGAGAUCUUCAAGGAGACAGAGAAGGCUUGCUGGGAAGAGCAGCUGGCCCAGAACUCGGAGGACAUGAGGUGGAGGUGGGCGAGCAUCACCUUCCUCCUGGCCUGUGGCCAGAGGGCGGACAAGGACAAGGCCCGCAUCCUCCCAUGGGUGGACAACGUCUUCUCACGGACGAUUUUCUUCUUCCACUACAACUCCUGCGACGAAACCCUGAAGCAGAGCUUCCUCACGGCCAUCCUCAUGCUGGUGGGGGCUGUCAGCUGCAACGAGGGCGCCCAAAGCUACGAGCUCUCCCAGGUCUCUGAGCUCUUCGAGUGUCUGAUGCUUCUGAUGGAGAAGGAGCCCCAGGACAUGCUGUGCACAUCGACUCACCAACAGGCCAUCCACAUCAUCUCCAGCUUCUGCACGUCGCUGGAGGCGCUGAAGAGCCUGCUGCCCGCCACUGGGCACUGGCAGGACUUCGCCCACCUGGAGCUGCAGGGAGCCUGGGACCUGUUCGCCACCACCCACACCGACCCGCAGGGCAUGGGCCUCCUCGCCAGGGCCAUGGUGCAGAGCCGCUGCAAGCAAGUCACGGCGCUGAUCACCCAGCUGCUACCCAGCCUGCAGAGCCAGGAGCAGCGGGGGAGGAAGGCAGCCAUCGUCAUCCUCACGGGGACCUGCCUCCUCUACAGCCCUGCCCUGCUGGAGGUGCUCCCCAAACAGGCCGCCCUGACCAUGCUGGCCCAAAGCCUCAGGGACCCCAGCCCUGAGGUCUGCGUGCUGAGCCUGUAGGUCCUGGGAAACAUCCUCUUUUUCCCAGAGAAGGGACGCCUGCUCCGUGGACUGCUGCCACCCUUCCUCGACGGCUUCUUCCACAGCGGCGAGCCGGUGGUGGUGCGCAUCAUGGGCACCGUGUCGGACAUGCUGCACCGCCUGGGCGCACACAGCACAAAGGCCCAGAGCUUUGGCAUCGCCAUCAACGCCCGCUUCUUCUCCGACGACGAGCGGGAUGGAGUCCAGGCAGCGGCCAUGGCACUGUUCGGGGAGCUGGUGGCGUCAAUGACAGGCAGAAAGCUAAGUGGCCUGAGAACCCAGGUGCACCAGAGUAUGGUGGCCCUGCUGCUGCACCUGAAGGACAGCUGCCGGGCCGUCGUCACGCAGGCCAAGCUCGCCUUCCACCGGGUGCGGCUGCGGCACACCCUCUCCUGCACGCUGGCCUGGGAGGCGAGACUUGGCGCCAGCCACUUCCUCUGGAGCUGCCUGAUGACCCACAGCCAGGAGGGGCUCAGCAUCCACUUGGCACAGGCCCUCGGCUACCUGCACAGCCGCCGUCGUCACAUCAAGACCUGGGCAGCGCUCUUCAUGGGUUAUACCAUCUGCCACCACCCCCAGGCCGUGUCCCAGGUGGUCAAGGACAUGGACACGAAGCUGCUGUUCUCUUUUGAGGAUCUUAAGAAUGACCCAGAGCCCAGCAUCCAAGAACCUGCCACCAGGCAGUCCUUCCUUCAGCAGAUGGCAGCCGGACCGCGCUGA